UGUACACCUCUGGGUCUUGCGCUAAUGCGCUUGCCUUCUUUACUUUACAUUAGAGAGUCGCAAGUGGUAUAGUCCGGACGUACUCAGAAACCGCUGGCUGUUACUCGCCCGAAGUGCUUUUGAAAGGCGCAGCAGCCGCGCGAGAACUUGAUUCAUAUGUAGCGCUAAACUUGACACUUGGUUAUCUAGUUAUCGACUAACCUAUAGGUUACCAUGGUAUCAAAAGCGGAAAGGAUAAAGGAGUUGCUUCGCAAGGCUAAACAGAUAAAGAACCCAUUGGCGGAGCUCGUGACCGCUGCUCGUCAUGUGGAUGCCAAAGGACAAGCAGUCCAGGUGUGCUCCCACCAUGCACGCAACAUGCCGAAGGAUCUCCAGGAAUGGUGCCUGGCGCUAUGCAGGGAAAACAUGUCCGCCAUGUACAAGCGCGUGUGGUCCUGGAGUGACGCUGACAAGCGCAAGCAGCUGGCAUCUGUCGCAUCUCGUUUCCUCAUUGCUCACGAUGACGCUUUAACCUCAUCUCCAUCUGCGGUACCCUCGUCAACAACAACAACCACAACAGCACCCGCACAUCGUACGGCAAUUGGCUACGUCAACUACCGGUUUGAGCAGGAGGAGGGGCAGCCGGUGCUGUACUGCUACGAGCUGCAGGUGGUCCGCCAAGCGCAGAGCCGCGGAGUGGGGCGCCUGUUGAUGGAGCUCACUGAGCAGAUCGCCUGGGCUGCCGGCAUGCACAAGGUGAUGCUCACCGUGUUCCGUGACAACACCGCCGCGGUGCGCUUCUACCGCCGCCUGGGCUACCAAUUGGACGAGACGUCGCCGGAUUACAGCGAGGAGGGUGAGAGUAGCCCUGCCGCCGGCGAUGACGGCUGCGGCAGUGCGGGGGUUGACAAUGGCGGCAACGGCAGCGGCAGCGGCGGCAGUGAGGAAAAGGAGGAUGCGGGGUGCGGGUACCACAUCAUGAGCAAACGCCGGCCGCCGCUGCCGCAAAAAAAGAGCCAGCAGCAGCGGCACCAGGCGCAAGUGCAGCAGCAGCAGGAACAGCAACACCAAUGUUGUCUACAAGAGCACUUGAAACAGGCGCAGGACGAGGCAUUGCCGUUGGACCAACAGCAGUGCUCGCAACUGCACCCGCCGCCGCAGCAGCAGCCACAGCCGCAGGGUAGCGGACGCGAGCAGCAGCAGCAGCAGGAUCCCUCCUCGGUGCAGCCAGGAACCGGACCACAGGACCUCAUGACGGUGCCAGCGGCUCGGGACGAGCGGCAAGGAGGGGAGGAGGGGCACCACGUGACCUUGACGCCAACGGGACACAUACUUGAGACGCAGCAGCCGCAGGAGCAGCGGGGCACGCAACAGCAAGAGCAGCGUCAGCAGCUAUCGAGCCACACUUCGGCAGCGGCAGCGGUUGUUACGGCAUCGGCGGCGGCAUGUGGUGUCAAGCGGCGCAAGGAGGAGGAGGAGAGGGAGGGGCAGGAGGGCGAGGAGGGGCAACAGCAGCAACCGCCAUCCGGGGCUGUGCGGAGAAGAGCGGCCGCUAUGGUUGCUGCAAAUGCUACUGGUGUUGCAGCUUGACAAAAGGAAACAGCGACAGCAUAACCAUAUUGGCUACGGCUGAUGAUCCAACAACUGCCCUGUUUAAGACAGCCUGAUUGAAUCUUGCCGUACAAGUUGUUCAGUCGGAUAUUGGUAGAGGGUCGGCGCUGAGAUCGGGUAAUGCGUUGAUGGAGGGCUGGUAAGGAGGUGGUGAGGAGUGAUCCCGUAGAUAUAUAGGGAUUCGGGAUUCAUAUUGAACGAUUAGAG